GGCGGCGCAGGCAGCAGCAUGGCGGCGACGCUGGGCGGCCUGGGCCUCCUGCAAGGCCGAGUUAGGCUGGCAGCCGCAGCCGCCGCGACCUCCUCCCUCGGCCGGACUGGCCGCCGGGCGACGGUGCAGGGGGGCGCCGCCGCCGCCGCUCUCCCCUCGGCCGGGAGGAGCUACGGUUCCGAUGUGAAGGAAGAGGAGGAGCUGCGGGUCCGGUACCUGGACGACGAACACAAAGGAAUUGUGGUGCUUGGAUUAAACAGACCUCAUGCCAAGAAUGCACUUAAUAAAAAUGUCAUAAAAAUGAUGUCAAAAGCUGUGGAUGCUUUGAAAUCUGAUAAGAAAGUACGAACUGUUAUAUUCCGGAGUGAAGUCCCAGGAAUAUUCUGUGCUGGUGCUGACCUUAAAGAAAGGGCAAAAAUGCACUCAAGUGAAGUCAGUUCUUUUGUCUCAAAAGCAAGAGCAACCAUCCAUGAAAUGGCUAAUCUGCCUGUGCCUACUAUUGCUGCAAUCGAUGGGACUGCAUUAGGUGGUGGCCUAGAACUUGCAUUAGCCUGUGAUAUAAGAGUAGCAGCCUCUUCUGCUAAAAUGGGCCUAGUUGAAACAAAGCUGGCAAUCAUUCCAGGUGCAGGUGGGACACAGAGGUUACCUCGCACAAUUGGAGUGUCUUUGGCAAAAGAACUGAUUUUCUCUGCACGUGUUGUAGAUGGAGAAGAAGCAAAAUCAAUAGGAUUGAUUAGCCAUGUGGUAGAACAGAAUGAAACAGGAGAUGCUGCAUACAGAAGAGCAUUAGCUCUGGCAAGAGAAUUUUUGCCUCAGGGACCAGUAGCAAUGAGAGUUGCAAAAUUGGCCAUCAAUCAGGGAAUGGAGGUCGACUUAGUAACAGGCUUAGCAAUUGAAGAAGCUUGCUAUGCUCAGACUAUUCCAACAAAAGAUAGAAUUGAAGGUCUUCUUGCAUUUAAAGAGAAGAGACCUCCUCGCUACAAGGGAGAAUAAAAGAAGCUGAUGCCUUUCAAAAUACAAGGGGGAUAAAAUUACUGCUAUAAGGACCAUUAAGGUGUACCUUCAGUCUGCACCUGGAAUAUCACAACCACCAAAGUAAAAACAAAUCAUACUGGUGUUACAACAUUUUGAAUGUGUCCAUAGUUGUACUGGGCCCAGAUAGAAAUGCGUGUCAACUCAUGCUCAUUACAUUUUCUGAAGGUUCAUCUGUGUAUUGGCAAGGUCACGGGGUCAUGCAGCAUAUGACACACACCAUACACAUGAAACGUACUAUUCCACACCUGAAAAGGCUCUGUUAAGUUCUUUAUACAGACAAAACUUAUAUGUGAUGCUAAGUAUAAAUCUGCUGUAUCAUCUUGUCAACAUAAAAGUGACCACUAAACACCAAAAAUAAGAAAUUGUAC